AUGACCUCAGGCAGCAUGACGAUGUUUGCGCUACAUCGUCUUACUACAUUAUCUGCUUUAGGUGGAUGUUUUCAAGCUUUUGAAGGAGCCAGAAGUUUAUCGUUAGGAAUCCAAAACUCAAGCAAGAUCAAUUCUGUUAAGAGUUAUCUGAAAAAUAUUGAGAAAAACGAAAUGAUACUUAGUAUCGAAAAGAAAGAAUAUGAAAAUGGCAGGAAGUUCCUUGCUCAAGUUAUGGGUUAUGACCCUGUCCAUUUCACACCUGAGCAGGUCAAUGAGGCUAUUGAGUAUCUGCUUCCGUCCUCGUUGUAUGCUAAACGUGCACGUCCUGUCUUUAAAGAACCACACCUAGUGUUUCCACCGCAAAAGCAAUUGCAGUGUGAUGUAAAUGGCAGACCACUUAAUAGCUACUUUUACACGACACACCAAAACUUCCACAAAAUCAUGAACGAAGCGAUUUACAAACUGGAAGAAAUAAAACUUCACUCCGAUCAGUCUUAUUUUAACAGGACGUCUGUUAAACCCACAUUGAAAGAAGUACAUUAUGCGACGUCAAGCGACUUUAUGUCGAAAAUAAAUCUCAUGAAAAUGAUUAACGAAACCAUAUCGGAUGCACAGUAUAAACAGUGGUUAGUUUUAAUGAAGCGUUUAUCAGAACACCCAUUGUCGUAUCUGGUGGAAGAAUUUAUUCGGCAUUACAAAGCCCAAAUAUGCGGUCCUACUUCAGAAAUUAAACUUCCCGAGCCAUUUAUGGACUCAGUAACAAACAGAAAAUGUGUCCAAGCAUUCGGUCAAAAGAAAAACUCGCUUGCUGAAGUAACACUAUACAUGCCUGGCACUGGUGACUUCACUGUAAACGGAGCACGACUUCUAGAAAUAUUUCCUGAGCUUGGAAAUCGAGAACAAAUAGUAUUCCCUUUACAGCAAACAAAUACUGUUGGUAAAGUAGACAUAAUUGCUACAGUAAGCGGGGACGGUUCGAGCAGUUUAGCGAACGCUCUUCGUUUGGCGAUAGCCAGGUGUUUGGCCUCAAUGCUUCCGAUAGAUCAGGGGAAAAAUAGACUAUUGGUAACUGGUUUAUUGUCUCAGGAUAACCGGUUUGCGGAACGUAAACAACCAGGCCAAAGAAAAGCACGCAAGAAGCCUAUUUGGAAGGCACGCUAA